AUGCAAAAAGACAAUCGUUUUGUAAUGACUAUAAACAAAAUUAUAGCAGAUCAGUAUAGUAUAGGUGAAAUUAAAAUGAAACAAAAGAAUAAGACUGCUGUAUGGAAUCAUUGGAAAAUUCUUAAAGAAAAUCAAAAUAACGAUCAAGCCAAAGACCAAACUGAAGAUCAAGUUGAAGACCAAACUAAUGGUCAAGUUGAAUAUCAAUCUGAAAUUGACAAACCACAUCCUCAUGUAAAAUGCAAUUAUUGUCCAAACAUUUUUGAAUGUGGAAUUGCUACUCGAAUGCAAAUGCAUCUUGACAUUAAUUAUUUGGGAGUAUCAGAAAAUGUUAAAUCAAAAUCUAAAAAACAAACAACUAUUCCAACUAAUAUAUUGAUAUCUCAUGCUUCUACUAGUUUACAUAUUCCAAAAUGGUUAAAAAUUAUACUAAUUCAUAAUUUUAUAGAUCAUUUAAGUGAAUAA